AUGAGCAAGCCUUCAGGAUACUCAGCAGGACCCUCUAAGGAGAAGUUCGAGCACCCCCCAAAGGCCGACCGUGAAGGUGUCUCAACGGUCUUUACCCAAUUUGGACAACUGCUAAAUCCUUUACGACGACCUCUCCCCAUCCAGAAUGGCGAUGGCACUUAUAGCACGACAGUUCAAAGGACAGGAUUGAAGAAUGACCUGAAGUAUCUCAGCCUAAAAGAUGUGAAGACAGUCCUAGAUCUAGCCCGAAGCAAGGUCAAAGGAGAACAGCUUGUAGACGAUAAGACGAUGAUAAUGGAGCGUGUCAUACAGCUUGUCGCCGGACUACCUCAUAGCUCACGGCUCAGAGAGGAGCUCACCAAUACCUUCUUGAACGAGCUCUGGGAUACGCUAGACCACCCACCUCUGUUAUAUGUGGGCGAGAAGCACGAAUACAGGAUGGCAGAUGGGUCAUGGAACAACCCAACUAACCCUCAACUUGGAGCGGCCGGAUCAACAUACGCCAGGAGUUGCCGCCCAGGCAUUGUACCCCUAGGAGCCAUGCCUGAUCCGGGUCUCAUUUUCGAAGCGGUCAUGAAGAGGACUAAAUACCGCAAGCACCCGAACAAUGUCUCUUCAGUGCUUUGGUAUUGGGCAACUAUCAUUAUUCAUGAUCUCUUCUGGACAGACCAUACCGACAUGAGCAAGACCAAGACCUCUUCGUACUUGGAUCUUUCCCCCCUCUACGGAAGCAACCAGGCUAUGCAGGACUCCGUAAGGACCUUCAAAGACGGAAUGAUGAAACCCGACACCUUUGCGGACAAGCGGCUUCUUGGAUCGCCACCUGGAGUUAGCGUUAUUCUGAUCAUGUUCAACCGUUUCCAUAACCACGUCGCAGCAAACCUAGCUGCGAUUAACGAGGGUGGCCGUUUUACGCCUCCGCGUGCGGGUCUAAGCGAAGAGAAGGCUGCGGCUGCGUGGAAGAAAUAUGACAAUGAUCUUUUUCAGACUGCCCGACUCGUCACCUCUGGGUUGUAUAUCAAUAUUACGCUGAUUGACUACGUAAGAAACAUUGUUAAUCUCAAUCGGAGCAACACUACAUGGACUCUCGAUCCCCGCGCAGAGAUGGGCCACGAUGUUGGCACUAACGCUGGGUCUGAGCGCGGUACUGGCAGUAUGGUUUCGGCCGAGUUUAAUCUUUGCUACAGGUGGCACUCUUGUAUCUCGGAUAAGGACGACCGAUGGAUACAGGACUUCUUCCGCGAGCUGUUUCAUAAAGACCCAUCAGAACUAAGUCACCAAGACUUGGUUAUGGGCUUUGCCAAAUUCGACAGCGGCAUCCCAGACGAUCCCGCCGAGAGAGUAUUCGGGGGUUUCAAACGAAAUUCCGAUGGUAGAUUCAGCGAUGACGAUCUUGUCGGGUGUAUCUCCGACGCCAUCGAAGACUGUGCAGGGGCAUUCGGUGGCCGCAACGUACCGGAAUCAAUGAAGCCCGUCGAAAUCUUGGGUAUCCUUCAAGGCCGAAAGUGGAACGUUGCAGGCUUGAACGAGUUCCGCAAGCACUUUGGACUGAAGCCGUAUGAGAAGUUUGAAGAUAUCAACUCUGACCCUGAAAUUGCUGACUCACUCCGCCAUUUAUAUGAGCAUCCUGAUUUUGUCGAGCUCUACCCAGGGCUUGUUGCCGAGGAGGCAAAGGAGCCAAUGGUCCCCGGAGUCGGAAUUGCCCCUACUUACACGAUUUCUCGAGUCAUUCUUUCUGAUGCCGUCUGCUUGACUCGAGGAGACCGCUUCUACACUACUGACUACCAUCCGCGUGGUCUUACCUCUUGGGGGUACAACGAAGUCGCGUAUGAUCUGAACAUUAACCAAGGUUGUGUGUUUUAUAAGCUGUUCACACGAGCUUUCCCAAACCACUUCAAAGGAGAUUCAGUCUAUGCCCACUACCCCAUGGUUGUUCCAAGUGAGACCAAGAUGAUCUUGACUAAUUUAGGACGAGUUCAACACUUCAACUAUGACAGACCUUCGUUUGUUCCGCCUCCUAUUAACAUCACGACAUAUAGUGGAGCGCAACACAUACACGAUAAUCAAGAUAAGUAUAGUGUACUAGGGAAUGACGGACUCUCAUACCUCAUGGGCCAUAGUGGGAAUCGCUUGCAUCCGAGAGAUUCAUCUUCCCAUGCCAGCCAGAGAGAACUUACACCCGAUCAGCUGUACAAAGGGGACUGGCAUUCCCAAGUCAAGAAAUUUUACUCCCAUAUCACGGACCAACUCAUAAAAGAGAAGACCUAUAAGCUAGCUGGUCAGAACUUUGUCGAUAUUGUCCGGGAUGUCGGAAACCUUGGACCAGUACACUUUACUGCGCGUGUAUUCAACCUGCCGCUCAAGACAAAGGAGAACCCGAAGGGUAUCUAUAGCGAACAGGAGUUAUACGUGGUCCUUGCUGUGGUUUUUAUUUGCAUCUUCUCCGACAUCGAUCCCACGAAGUCGUUCCCAACCCGACAGGCGGCAAAAGCUGUUGCUGGUCAGUUAGGUAAAUUGAUCGAGGCUAACGUGAAGACGGUGACGGGCUUUGGAAUUGGCGGGCUAUUUGGGGGGUCAAAUAAGAACGAUCCAUUAACAUCGUACGGUAAUAAUUUGGUCAAGGGUUUAUCCAAAGCUGGUAUGAAUAACCACGACAUUACAUGGACUCGGGUCCUGCCUACUGCAUCGGCAUCUGUACCGAGUAUCGCAGAAGUGUUCGCUCAAGCAGUAGACUACUACUUAUCCUCGGAAGGAUCCAAGUAUAUACCCGAGAUCCAUAGUAUCGCUAACAAUCCGUCUUCGAGCGAAACUGACGCGUUAAUGCUCGGGUAUUGCAUGGAAGGUAUCAGGCUCUCGGGGACAUUUGGCUCGUAUCGUCAAGCAGCGACCGGGGAUACGAGCACAGAGGAUGACAAUCGCGAGGUAUCGAUUAGUGUUGGUGACCGUAUUUUUAUUAGCUCUACCGGCGCGGCUAAGGACGCUGAGCAUUUCCCUGAUUCCGAUAAAGUGAACCCGCGUCGCCCGCUGGACGCUUACAUCCACUUCGGCCUUGGACCGCACGUCCGUCUUGGACAUGACGCCGGCCAAGCAGGGCUUACUGAGAUGUUCCGGUCCGUAUUCAAGUUGAAGAAUGUGCGGAGAGCACCCGGGCCUCAGGGAGAGCUUAAGAAAGUCCUUCAACCUGGAGGUCUUUAUAUGUAUAUGAGAGAGGAUAGGGGAGCGUACUUUCCGUUCCCGUGCACCAUGAAGAUAUGCUACGAUGAGUAG